AUGGAUCCAGUUACACCCUGGAUCGCAGCUUUGGCCGAAAGAAGUCUUUCGUUCUAUCUUGGUCGACGGGACGAUGGUAUACAGGCGGAGGAUAUUGAGGGAUGUCUCAACUUCAGCUUUUGUGAUAUCCCCGAGAAAACUGCAAUCGUUGUGACUUGGGGUCAGGGAGACACAAGUCGCCAUGCUACUCUCACGGACUCUCAGAACCAAGUAGAUGCUGUCAUCACACGCGAUUCCGCCAAUAUACCGGGAGCAGCCUCGCCCUGCCCGCCGUCGACUAAAGGAGGCCCAAGACAUCUGGUUGAGCUUUCCGACAUAAAGCUUGUCUUCAUCUACUCGGCAUCCCCACCGGAGGUUGAGCUUCGCAUCGGUCGUUUUCAUAUCCGCCCAAACGCGGUUCCCAAAGCAGAUGCCCCUAAACCAAAGCUGAGGAAGGUCUCAAAGCUCAAACCCCUGAUGAACCAGGCACAACGAAAGGCUCAACAGAGUCAAGAGGGUCCGAACUCGCACAGUCGAUCUGGAAAUAUCUUGCAUGACACACCUUCCUCUCGACAUGAUCAGUCUCUCCUAUCCCAACAAUUGCCAAACAGCGCGACCCAAGUGUUUGACUCCCAGGCUACGUCUCACAACCUCCCUGCUGCGCCGAAAGAGAAGACCAACAAGAGUCGAGUCUCACUGGGUGGCUCAACAGAGCUCUUGGCUUUUUACGCAAACCCUCAGUCAAUUCAAAGCAACUCGAACAAAGAUACAAUCCCAGGUGCGGGCGAUCGCCGGCGCUCCCCCGCGGACAGUGAGACGGCAGAAGUACGUUCAGACCACGGUAUCGGACGCUUGAGCAAGACCAUCGGUUCCACAUCUGUGACCAAAACCAAGGUGAAUCCUCGCAGCACUACUCUCAGCAUGAAUAAAGAUGCCCGGAGUCUGAGGGAGGGACAUGCGAACCAUGCUGAACAUUCAGCAAUCAACUCGGUCGAUAAUGGUCCAACCACAACGACAGAGAGAGGAGAUGAACAGCGGAAUUCUAAGAAAAGACACCGUGAUAGCGCAGGCGCACAAUCACAUGUGACUAAGGACCAAGAUUUGAGGCUCGACGAUUCUCGGCAUAUGAGACCGCCAUCACCUUCCAAGAAGCGACGGCGCACCAACGCCGAGGAAGGGACGGUAGUAGAUUCAACUGGGUUUGAAAGGUCACCAACCGAACAUGUGCUAUCGGUCUCAAACGCUCCAGGCAUUGGUAAUACUUCGGUCACUGCUGGCAUAUCGGCGAUCAACCAUUGGGAAGGAAUGACAGCAAUCCCCUCAAGCGAGGUCGAGAUUCCUAAAAAUCAGCUGGAGCUUCUAGAGCAACUCAAAUGGUACCCACAAAAACCGGGUGUCUCUGCGCCCCUGUGUCAUGUACCACCUCAUCUUUUAUCCCAAUGGAAUGAUAUGGCACGCAGAAGAGAUCGCAGGGCAAAGCAGCUUGAGAACCAGUCCGAUGAAAUACCCGAUCGCGCCCCUACUCCAACUCCUCGGGGUACAAAUCCAUCGACUGUUGACUCUGCAUCAGAAAGCGAGGAAUUAUCCUGGGCCAGUAGCAGUCGAGAGGGCUCACCGCGGAAUGCACUUCCUGAAGAUACACCACCAAGGCAAAUUAUGGCUGGAAACGAAAAGCCCGCGUUGACAGCCACACAAGACAGUGUCAGGCAAUCUAAACCGAAUGACGAUGUUGAUUUGAAGAGCGGGACUCAGGAUAGCUUGCCAGAUGCGUGCUCGGUUGCUGUCGGUUCAGCAGACGCUGUUGACCCGGCGGCGAAAGUUCAUUCUCCGCCACGUGAUACAGCGCCAACGAUACCAACCAAAACAAGUUUCCCAAGGCGUGCUGCUGGCAGUGUUUCAUAUCCACGAGUCGAAGUUGUUGUGCCUCACAUUGAGGGACCUGAUAACCAGCCUUCAACUCCCAUCCGACAAUCCCCUCGUCGCCAAUCCAACUUGGGCAAUGCCAUCGUUGCGCCUGGGUCACAAGAAAGAUUAAAGGGCGAAGAGAGUGAUGAUAGCGAUGACGGUAUGGAGGCAUCUGUCCCUUUCGCAUUGGGUCAGAGUGUUCCAAUGAGCAGUCAGCCCCAGCAUGAUCCUACCAGCUCAGGGCCAUCACUUCCAGGGAUUCCCGAGGGAAAUAUCCAAGUGGCGGAGACACCUGUCGUUGGAACCUUACAUCUUCAGAGUAAGCGAGAUCAACAGGCUAGUCUUGACUCUCCUGGCUCCCAGAAACUACUGUCGGAGGACCACAAAAUCUCCUCGUCGUCCCGGAUUCGCAACACGUACUGCUCGCAAGAGAGCCACAGGCAAAUUGACUCUUCCCAAGAGGCAACGCACCCGUCGUUGCUGGGUGAUGACACUAAUUUGCCUCGGGAAGGCGGGUUUGGGUCUCAAACCCAAGCAAGCGGCUCACAUGCGUUGUCCCAGGCCACUCAGUCACCCUCAAAUGGGUUGGUUGAUUCAUCAGAGCUCACUCGACGCCAACGAGGCUCAUCCAUAUUCCACUUGGAACCUUCCGGUGACCCGUCGUCUUUGCCACAUGCCAGCCCGCCUCCGCCGGCCAUGUCUCGUCCCAACAAGGCUGCCAAAGAGUCCGAGAUGUCGCCACCAAACUUGAGACGGGCCUCUAAAACUCUUCAGUCACUAGCCAAGGCUCCUCCGGCUGUGUCUCGUGGUGGAAAGGCUCAUACGCACAGCCCAGAUGUUGAGAUCGCGACUCGACGUCAGAGUUAUCUUGGCCAGGCGGAUAAGUCCGCUGAAGCCCAAAGGAUCUUUGAAAGCUUCUGCAGCGCCUAUCCACUGUAUUCCGGCAAUUUCUCUCAUUUUGUGAAUAUGUGUUCAACACUGCACGCCAUGCGCGAGAAGGGUCUUCUGAAACGAUCCUUCCUAUGGGAUGAUUUUGUCAUAAUCAAUCUCGAGAAUCCAGAAAAUCUCGACUCUCGGCCUCCCCACGCGAUGAGCUAUGAAGCUUACUUCUGCGAAAAUCACUCGAUUCCUCAAUACAAGAAACGAAAUCUCACUGCCAGGGGAAUCGAUGUGGCGGCCUCUCAACGUGUCACCAAUCCUAUUCCGUCUCAGUUGACAAACAAAUUGCAAGGAAAGCAGAACCAGUCUGUUGAGGGCGAAGCCGUGAAUGUUUCCUUCACAGCGAGCCUCGUGGACAAGUUCUCAGGCCUGCAUGCCCAGUCUUUUGGAAACGCUCAUACUGAUCGUGUCCCUUCCCCCGUCCUCCAACCCGCCGCGAUACAGUCCUCUUCUACAUCUUCCGAUGAUACCGAGUCGGAAACCCCGUCCAUUAAAGAAGAAAACGAUGAUGACUCCGAUGCCGACUUUCCCACGGAGCUAAGUGCGUCGCAUACCUCGCACCCAAAUAUGGACGGAGAAGUGGCCGAUUCCACUCAAGCCAGCACGGACUCUGCUCUUUCCGCAUCCCCCCAAAACGCCCCUGAUAAAACAGAAAGUGACGUCGGCGAUCUCGAUGAUACACAAGAAACAGACGACACCCACCACCGAACUGCCAGCAUCGAACUUGGCGAUGACACAAACGACUGUAAUAUCCCUGUCUCCUCUGACAUAGUCCCUGUCGCGACUUCUAAAAACGAUUCUCACGCCGAAUCGCCGAAGCGAAAACGAAAACGAAACACCUGGUUUAGCUCUCUACAAAAUCUCUUUUCGCCAAAGAACACUUCGCCAGCGAACCCUCCAUGGUCCCACGACCCAAACACGCCAUUUAAGCGCUGGGCACGACAAGACCAGAACGUUCUCCAGGAAAUCAACCGUCGCGGUGGGACUAAGGUCCUGCUCGAUGAAAGGGGAGUCAUAUGUCGUCCCACCUACAACCGAGCGCCGAUGGACUCUCAGUGA